GUAGUGGACCACAAAUACGCAGGUCGGGACAGCUUGAUUUUCUUAGUUGAUGCUUCCAAGGCCAUGUUUGAGUCAUACGAGGAUGAGGAAGCGUUCACUCCCUUUGACAUGACCAUGCAGUGCAUCCGGAAUGUGUAUACCAGCAAAAUUAUUAGUAGCGAUAGGGACCUGCUAAGUGUCGUGUUCUAUGGCACAGAAAAGAACAAGAAUUCUGCGGACUUCAAGCAUGUGUAUGUUCUUCAGGAGUUGGACAAUCCAGGUGCAAAGCGUAUUCUAGAACUGGACAAAUACAGAGGAGACCAAGGACAAAUACUUUUCCGGGAGACCUUUGGCCACAAUGCUGACUAUUCACUGGGUGAAGCACUCUGGGCCUGCUCUAAUCUCUUCAGUGAUGUUCGAGUGAGAAUGAGCCACAAAAGGAUCAUGCUGUUCACCAAUGAGGAUAACCCUCAUGCCAAUGACAGCGCUAAAGCCAAGCUGGCCAGGACCAGAGCUGGUGAUCUUAGAGACACAGGUAUCAUCCUGGACUUGAUGCACUUGAAGAAGUCUGGAGGGUUUGAUAUCUCCUUGUUCUACAGGGACAUCAUUAACGAAGCAGAGGAUGAGGAUCUUGGGAUCCAACCUCAUGAGUCAGGAAAACUGGAACAUCUCCUGAAGAAAGUACGAGCAAAGGAGACAAGGAAACGGGCUUUAGUCAGGUUAAAUCUGUAUCUGAGCAAAGAUCUCUCUCUUACCGUUGGUGUGUACAGCCUCCUUCAAAAAGCUCAUAAACCAUAUCCAGUGAAGCUUUAUCGGGAAACUAAUGAGCCAAUUAAAACAAAAACAAGAAUGUUUAAUGGGAAAACAGGCAGCUUGCUUCUGCCUAGUGAUACAAAAAGGGCUCAGAUGUAUGGAAACCGUCAGAUUGUGCUGGAGAAAGAGGAAACAGAAGAAUUAAAACGAUUUGAAUCCCCAGGCUUGGUUCUGAUUGGCUUCAAACCACUUUCAAUGCUAAAAGAGCACCAUUAUAUCAGGCCUUCCCAGUUCAUCUAUCCUGAGGAGUUCCUAGUAAAUGGGAGCACAACACUUUUUAAUGCUUUAUUGAUGAAGUGCUUGGAGAGAGAAGUGUUGGCACUGUGCAGAUACACCCCUCGCCGGAACGUUCCCCCUCGCUUUGUGGCACUGGUUCCCCAGGAAGAAGAGCUCGAUGAACAAAAAGUGCAGAUAGCCCCUCCAGGUUUCCACCUCAUUUUCCUACCGUAUGCAGAUGACAAACGGAAAGUUGAUUUUACAGAAAAGGUGCCAGCCAAUCGAGAACAGAUAGACAAAAUGAAGGAAAUCAUUCAAAAACUCAGGUUCAAAUACAGGACUGACAGCUUUGAGAACCCAGUUUUGCAGCAGCACUUCCGGAAUCUGGAGGCUUUGGCACUGGAUAUGAUGGAACCGGAACAAGCUGAGGAUUUGACAAUGCCAAAGGCUGAAGAGAUGAGCCGCAGGCUGGGCAACCUGGUGGAAGAGUUUAAGCAGCUGGUUUAUCCUCCUGACUACGAUCCUGAGAGGAAGGCUGUAAAACGAAAACAGGGUGAUGAUGAUGGUCAAACUGAGAAAAAACCCAAGGCAGAAAUCUCAAGAGAUGAGCUGAGGAGCCAUGUGCAGAAGGGCACUCUAGGCAAGCUCACGGUACCUGUUCUGAAGGAUGCAUGCAGGCUUUGUGGGCUGAGGAGUGGAGGGAAAAAACAGGAGCUCAUGGAUGCAUUAACUGAGCACUUUGAGAACCACUAAGCAGCAAGAGAAAUCUAUUGUUCAACUUCUACCUGCUUAAAGUUUUAGUUGUCUUAUGUGGAAGCUGAGUCUGUUUAAUCUUGCUAUAGAGGAGGAGAGGACUCAAUGUUGCUCAAUAUAGCAGUGGAGAAACUUUUUACUCUUGGUUGUGAAAAAUCUCUGCAAACUUGGGUUCUGUUCUCAGUAGCCAAAGGCAGAAUUGAAAUCCCUGCCAACUCAGGUCACUCACUGCAAAUGAACACAGUUGUGCCUUCCUGGUUUCUUAAUAAAAUUUUUUUUGGACUUCUUACUUUGCAACACCGGCUAUAACACCUUUUUGCCAUAAAGACAGCAAAACUCAUUUUAACACGAGUAAGAAAACAGAACGAUCUGUGUUAAUGGCACCAUAUUCAUUCAUGCAACAGGUCAAGUCUUUGUGCUAACACAGGGUAUAAAUGCGGUGUGUUACUGUACUGCUCUCCAAAACUGCCAAUCGGUAUCGCUACUUGUAAUCAAAGUGGGUUCUUUUCCACCAUCAGCAUUAUAAAGAUCAUCAGCAGAUCAUAAAGGAGAAAAUCAUUAUUGCUAAGUGGUAGCCAAUCCCUUGUACAAAAAGCCAGCACUUUGCAACAGUGUUCAGCCUGAUCUUCCAUUUUUAAACAGUAACUGCAAAAGCUGUUUUUUUUAAAAAAAGAAACAAAAAAGAAAUAGUCAUGUUCCCUGGAGGGCUGCAAGCACGUAUUCCAAUUAACAUGACAUAGAGCUUUUCCACCUCUGUAGCAAAGCUGAAUCAGACUACUUAAAGGCUUCUGUACUUUAACCCGUGCUUUAAAAAUAGCGAACUGUAGAGAGAACAUGCAUUGUUCCUUCUGGUAUUUUUUUGAAUCCUAUUCAUGUAGGCUGUAUCCAGGGGUGUAUAUGUUUGGUUUUUAAACUCCCACUGCAUGGGUCACCCCACCUGUCUUGCAGUGCAAGAUGAGUAGAAACAGUAUGUGGAUAAACAGUCCUUCUCCUUGCUAUAGAAAGCAGUGCUAAUUGUUUAGCUAAAUUGUAACUUUGCACUGGAUGCAAACAUGGAAUACAUAAAGCAUGGUGUUUUUGUGUUCAGCAUAGAGAUUCCACUGUUUGGCCCCAAAACAAUUAGGCAACUUCUUGUAGAAUUAAGUCACAUAUUAAGGUAAUGUCCAUGCUGUAGUGAGUGCAGUGCACGCAAACGUAUUGGAGCCAGCUGUGAAUGCUCUCUUGGCACAGUGACCACUUUGCCAGCCCACUGCUCGCUUCCACCUGUACAACUCUUCUUGAAAGAGCAGCUAGCCCAUAUUGAGCACCACAGGACUGAAACUAGAUAGAGAGUCUAUUGUGAUACUGUAAUCCAAGUUGAUUCAAAGUAGUCAUGCUUGUCUUAGCAAGACUUGAAUUGAAAGUGAUAAAAUUGUGAGACUAUCUUGUUCUUAAUUCUGUGCGUUUUCCCUCCCUAAAUGCCCUUUUUCAAUUCCCUCUUGGCUUGCUAACCUCCGGGUGCUGUAUGUUGCAGCCUUUGGAUGAUUAUGGCAUGUUUUGUCUGAGUUAUCAGAGGCUCUCCCUGUUUUUUUGGGGGGCAGGCUAUUGUAUUAAGCAGAAUUUAACAGAGAGGAUGAUGGAAAGUUUCAGAGCAAAAGAUUAAGACAGUUUUGCUUGCUCAAGAAUCCUUUAUUUCUGCUGCUCAUGUGCUUUGUCUUACACACGUUGUCUAGGUAUAGUCCUGCUAGGGCAAAUCCUUUGCAAAGUUGUGGUUUUGAACACAUCUAGCCCAACAAUCAGCAUCAUUGUAAGGGAACAGCAGUUCUGCUAACAUACAUACAAAGGAAAGGACUCUGUCUUUUUAGUGACUUAAGUUCAUCUCAUCAAUGAUACUACUAAUAUCAGCCGUUUACAAAAAUAUAAAAUACAAACAUAAGUUGUCUUCCGUCUUUCAUGAGCUGAUUUCAUCUGCUUAAAAUGUAUUUACUAUAGGUAAGCAGUUGGUGCCUCUGUGGAAACAUUACAGGAGAAGUUUAUUUUUCCUUCUGCUACCACACCUACUGGUGUUCACUACACGGUUCUUUCCACUCCAGCUUUGCAUUCUACUUUGCAAAUGUGGGGAAGGCCCCCAUAGAGUGCAGCUAAGUAAUCCUGUAGGGAGAGACAGAAGACUGUGUAGAAGCUCCAACAAUUAAAGUCCAGACUUCCUGCAACAUAAGAGAGAGGUUUGGCAUGACCUACUCCAAUGCAGCUAUUUUAGACUCUUCAGCUGGAAACAGUAACUGGAUUUAGUACACAGCAUGUAUUUAACUAAAACUAGCUCCAUAAAACCACCACUAAUCCAAAAUGCUAGUAGUGCUUCAUGCUUUUCAGGAACAGAGGGUUCUCUAUUAUUCUCAUGUUGCAAAUUGUUUCAUGUGAAAAGUGACUUGCUUUCUAGUUUCUUGGCUCUGGUUUGAAGGGUAGAUCUUCAGUCAUAUGACUAUAUUACAGUAGCUUCAGUAAAAACAUGAGAUCUUUUUCAUAAGUAGUACUGUAUAUCUGACGAAUACCUCUUGGCCACAGCAGGCUGCUUCCUACUGUGUUGGUACUGAAAUAUCCUAGGAAACCCAAGCUUUGCAGCUCAUUGACGCACUCCACACACAAAACCAAAGGAGCAUGAACUACCCCACUGCAGUAGCUUUAGCCAAUCUCUGAUCAAGCAGCUAACUGAGCAAGCACUAACACUUCAAUCAGAGCAAAUGUCUCCCAGAGUAUGACAAUUAUGGACAUUCCUGUCUAUAUCUUUGUCAGCAUUUUUAUUUUUCUUAAAAAGUCAGUAUUUAAAAACAAAAGCAAGAUCAGAGAUUUCACCUUGUGCGUUGCCAUGAAAUUUCUGCUCCCCAUACACCUCUUAUAGAAGUCCCUUGUCUGGUUUCAAGAAGAAAAAAAAGGUUGUGCUGUGUGUAGUGGCUUGAUCUUGGCUCCAUCCGCUGCUACACAGUAGCCACUGUCUGCCUUAUACGUGGGCUACGCUGCUUCAUCACUUUAAAGCAACACCUCCAGCAGUCUAAAUGCACAAGUUGUGCUGGGGAUCUACAUUCGUUAGUUAAACACUCGGCAGAAAACUGCAGCACAAAGGAAGCUAACGGGUACAUUAAAGCCCUGAGCAGGCAGACAUUGAGAUAAAGCGUUUUUUUUUUUUUCCUCCCCUCCCCCCCCCUUUAAACAUCAAACAGGGAAUACAGCUGUACAAUCACUUUUUAAGAAGUAAUACAAUGACGACUGUGUUGGAGUGGAAGAAUAGGAAAAAAA